AAAUUUAAUAUAACAAUUAGGUUGCGAUCUUGUGAUCCAGAUUUCUUCUUAGGUAAUGUUUUAUCCAACAUUGCUUUUUACUUAUUUCAUGGGAGCGCCUGUCCUACUCAGACAUAGGUACCUACACUCAUGAGUAUCAUAGUUUGUGAGCUUGUGGCAUUUGUGAGCUACCUAUUUUUUUGUAAUGGGAGGUAGGUAGUUGCGGAAAGUAGUUCCCUCAGGUGCGGGUUAAACCGUUUGAAAUAUCUAGCUAUUCGUAGCGACUCAAAAUUAAUCUUUCCUAUAAAAUAGACUGAAACAGACAUAAAAAAGAAUGGCAUUAAAACCGACGACUUGCAAGGAAGCUAUAGCUCGAUGGGAGAAGAUUAAGGGAGAGAAUUCAACUGAAGCCACGGUCAUAGAGCUGCAGUUCCAGUGGCCGCCUAUUGAGAAGAUGGAUGGUGCUCUGUCCACACUAGUGAGCUGCGAGAAGUUAAGCCUAUCUUCAAACAUGAUUGACAAGAUAGCCGGCAUUGCUGGAAUGAGAAGUCUCAAGAUAUUAUCUGUUGGGCGAAAUUAUAUUAAAUCUUUAGCAGGAAUCGAAACGGUGGCAGACACAUUGGAAGAAUUGUGGAUAAGCUACAAUCCCAUAGACAAGUUGAAAGGCGUCGGAACGCUCAAAAAUCUGAAAGUUCUGUACAUGUCUAACAAUCUUAUUAAGGAAUGGGUGGAGUUCAAUAGAUUGCAGGAAUGUCCAUCAUUAAGAGAUUUGGUGUUUAUCGGGAACCCGAUAGUCGACAGCCAACCAGACGUGGAAACUUGGCGAAACCAGGCUUCGACUCGACUCCCGCAAAUAAUUAAGCUGGAUGGCAUACCUAUCAUAAGGGAAUAGCUUACGUAACUAUGAAACAUAUACCCACUUUUUACUUAUUAUCUACUUUUAAAGCUUUAGCUACCUAAUAUUAACUUACAUUGUA